AUGCCACCUCCAUCAUCCCACCGCCGCCUCGACUCCCAAACAAAUUACCCCCGCUCCUCAAUCCUCCCAGGAAGCACAGGAUUCUCUCAAACAACAAACACAAUGACCCAGUCCACAAACAACAGCUACGGCUCCUCAACACCCUCUAUGUCCGCCGCGAAAACCCGGCAAUAUGCACACCUGCACUCGCAACUCGGGCAGCUGAAUGCCAAUCUGGCUGAUACCGAGAACCUGUUGCGCAUGACGGCUGUGCAGGCGGGGGAUAUGCGGUUCCUCGGUGGGUAUAUUGGGGCUAUGUUUAUGGGCUCGGCUAAGAUUUUGGGGGAGGAGGGUGUUAAGGGGAAUGCAGAUAAACCUGUGAAGGAUGAGGUUGGGGUAAAGGUUGAGGAUAGUGAGGAGGAUUGA